GGGCGUUACGUUUGAGAUGCAACUGAAAGCCAGCUGUACAAACGUAAACAUUAGAAGUCGAAAUCGCACGCAAAAUUAGUCACAAAAAUUAAAAUUCGUCGAAUUUUAGCGUAAAUUUCAUAGUUUUCAGCCGUACUUAUCGUCCGUUCAGUGUAAUCGUGUCCGAAAAUGGUGCAUUAUUGAAAAAUUUCUCUGUGGGGAAGAAAAAUCCACACUGCAGCCGGAGAGUGAGCUGCAUCUGGCUGCCCCAAGCCUUUCCGGAUUACCGAAAGAGAUCUCCCGCAAACGAGGUGGACGCAAGUGGAAAUUCAAGCAAUACCCCGCAUUGAUUUGCCUCUAGACCACCACGAAAAUGAUUACCCUGACGCGAAAGAAAAAGGAAUCCAACAGCAGCUCGAUAGCGGACUCGACCAAGCGCAUUUCGAUACGGGAGUUUCUGCUGGUGAAGGAAGUGCAGGAAUUGGAGCAGAACCUACAGAGCACCUGUAAGAUUAGUUUUCAGGAUCCGAACGUGCUAAGUGAUUUCACGCUGGUCAUUACACCGAACGAAGGGUUCUGGCAGGGCGGCCGGUUCAAGUUCAGUAUUCAUGUGCCCGAAGAGUAUAAUAUGGCGCCCCCGAAGGUGAAAUGUCUGACCAAGCUGUGGCACCCGAACAUUUCUGUCGAGGGGGACAUCUGCCUAUCGCUGCUCAGGCUGAACUCGAUAGACGGCCUUGGGUGGGCCCCAACACGUCGGUUAAAGGACGUCAUCUGGGGCCUCAAUUCACUAUUCACUGACCUGCUUAAUUUCGACGACCCGCUCAACAUCGAAGCAGCGGAACAGUACUCCAAGGACAAGGACAAAUUCCAGGCCAAGGUGCGGGAGUAUGUGUCGGCGUACGCGCGGAGAUAAUCCUGUACUAGUGGGGGAGUGGGCGAGUGAGAGAUUCCAGGACGAGUGUGUGAUAACAAAGCAACAUUAUAGGCGACAAAAAACAGGAGAAUUGAACGCGACAGUAACCAUUAGGGACAGCCACCAGCAGAAACAGUCAAAUUCUAUCUUUGUCUUCGAUUUUAUUAUUUAGUGAAAAACAAACAAUAGAAAUCUGCGUCUCGUACAGUUUUUUUUAGUAAAUUUUAUGCGUUUAUUUAGAGCCAGACAGUACAAGCUACUGACGAUUGAUAUUUUUUUAUUUCAUUUAGGCCUGUCAAAUGAACAAUUUUAGCAGAAGUCAUUUCCAAUUGUGUUUAGCAUGUUUUAUUUUCAUAUUGUAAUUACGUAUACUCAUUCUAGCGAUCUAACUUAAUCAAGAAGAAACUGAUAAUAGAGUAAUAAUAGCUGUAAUAAACUAUUUCAAAGAUCAA